AUGAAUCUCAUGGCGAAAGUGGAUACGAUCAAUGCUGGUCCGUCAUCUGUACAAGCUCUUCCCAUGGUCAUGCGCGAGAUUCGCACGUCCACGUCGUCAGCGCCCUCAGGCAUUGCUGCAACGGCGCCAGGACCUGCCUCACCCCCAUUGCCUCCCACACAGUCCGCUUCAUCUUCACCGAUCGCAUCGCAGUCUGUUUCGCCGCCAUCACGACGAUCGCCCUCGCUGAAUACCUCCGUGAAUGGUGCGAAUCGUGAACCGAACGAUGAAAGCGAAGAGGAAGAGAUGGAUGAAGCUGACUUUCAGGCAUUUGAGGCUCAGUAUCGAGGCCAGACAGACCCAGCCUUCGUGGAACCUGGAAGCGCGAGUGCAGACGACCAAACAGCACAGAUGCAGCUGCACGAGCAACUGCCUGCUGCUUCUGCGCCUACGCACCACCGCGCUCCGCGGAUUCGUCAACAUGGUGAUCGCGUGAAGCCUGAGCAUGUCCGUUUGCUGAUCAGCAAGCUCGUAGAGAUUCUCGAUACGGCAAGGAUGGAUGUACCUGAUGAAACACAACUCGCUGCAAUUCAGGUGCCGUCUGCCGUGUGGGCAGAGCUUGCUGAGACUGUGCCAGAUCGGACCCCAUCUGCAUGGAAAUCAUUUUUUGAUGAAGCCAAGUCCCAGCUAUGGGAGUCAGCCAUGCAGCAGCACGCCAGCCGUUUGGCGGAGGCUCGGUCAUCCGGGCAUGCGACUGCCAACGGCGAAAGUGCUCAACAUGAACCUGUCUCAGACGCCAGGCCUCCGAUCUCAGGACGCUCACCCACUCGAGAACCUGCGCAUGCUCGCGCGUCCGAGUUUGUCCCGACGGAGCCGGCGCGCAAUGCAUCUGACGCACUCGAUGCACCACGUACGGCCUCACGUUCAGCCGUGGUCGAGUCAUUCUCGACUCCCUCAACCCACAAGCCGCACGACGUGAGGCCGUUUGCGAGCACCUCGACAGAGCCAGUGUCAGCAAGCGCGGCGAAUGUACAUACGCCGCAAGGCCAAGCGAUUCCGCCGUCUUUCACACCUGCCACUGUGCGGAUAGGCCAACGAAGUGGGCAUCAUGAUGCCAAGGUUCAAGCGCGUGAAGCGUGUUCUGGAUUGCAUGACGAAGAGCCGUCGCCAACGAUGGAGCGGCGGCACGGCACGAGUCCAGUGACGCCAGGCUCGCCCAUGCCGAAUAUGUCGGUGUUUUCGCGUCUGAUACGUCCACACCACUCGAUUACGCGUGCAGAACGACAUCGAGCACGCGCCUUGUACGAAGCUCAUGUGUGGGAGCUCUGUGCCGAUUAUGGCCUGAGCCAUCCAAAGCAGCUAAUGCCGUUUAUGACGCGAGCAAAUGGUGAUGUUUAUCGGUGCCGACACAGACUACAGCGUUACAUGGAACGAUUAUCACACAAGUAUCGACUCGGUAUACCUACAUUGAUCGAACUUUUGGAGGUGCAUCGAGGAAACCUGAAGCUCCUCAUUCAGGUACUAGACAUACAACAACGUGCGUAUGCAGCGCAAGCAGCGCAAGCGCAAGCGCCCGAAACGCAGCACGCGACGCAGGCGCGGCAAAUGUCCGAGACACCCCAGUAA